AAGCCAAUAAUGGAGGAAACGAGGAGAUUAUUGCAACAAUGUGGAUUGGAAUGCUACUGGGAUGCUUUUAAGGGUAAGAAUUUACAUUAUUAUUUGUUUGAUGAAUUUGAAUAAUUUGUACACAAAUUUAAUUUCUAAUUGAGCUUAAAUUUUAUUUGAUUUAUUUUAAACAGACAACGAUAUUACGGACGAGACUCUGUUAAUAAUUUCCAAAGAAGAAUUAUCGUCGCUUGUUCCUGUAGUUGGACAUUUAGCUCGGCUUUGGAAUGCUGUGCAGAAUUUGAGAAAUGGGCUGGUAUAUCUUUGUUUUAAGUGCAAUACUAAUUUUAAGACUUUAGUAGAGUUGUCAGAACAUUUAAAAAAUUAUCAUAAGUUAACAGGGUCCAGUGUUUAUAAAUGUCCUCACUGUAGUGGUUUGUACCAGAGAAAGUCAUACUUGAAUCACUUUCGUAAUAUUUACAAAAUUCACAGAAAUUUAUUGGAAAAUAUCUCCUCAAUUACAAAUAGUAGCAACAAAUUUUGUUGAAAAUGACAAUGCGGCAGGGGAAAGAUUGUCAACUUCACCAAAUCUUGAGGAGAAAAUAGAAGUAGUGAAUGUGGAUGAACAGAUUUUAAAAUUGUUUGCUAGUUUACUAAAAUCAGGAAAAGUUCCCAUGAGUACAAGCAAUCAAAUCAUGAAAACUUUUAAAGAAAUUAUUACGAAUGUCGUAUUAAAUUGUAAGAGUUUUGCAACUAAAAUCAUUCAGAGCAGCAUGGAAAAAGAUUGCAAAUUGAGGAAACUUAAUCAAUUAGAUUCCUACUUGAAAGUAUUUGAUAAUCUAAAUAGCAAACACAAGUUAGAUAAAUAUUUCUUAGAAAAUGGAAUGAUGAUUGGUCCAAAGGAAAUCGUUCUGGACACUGACUUAGAAUUUUUUCGUUCUAAAGACGGGACACGGAGGCAACGGUAUAGACCGAUUACCAUGCAAUAUGUUUCGCUAAGGAGUUCAGUUACUCAACUUUUAGACAAACCAGGGUUUUAUUCAACCUUGCAAAACAGAAAGAGAUACAAUGGCGAAAGGUAUUCAGAUUUUAGAAACGGUCAGUAUUGUGAUGGUUUAGGCUCAAAUUUACGGGAUGUGAUCUUUAUUUCAAUUUACUUUGACGACGCGGAAGUUGCGAAUCCUUUUGGUUCCAAAAAAGGCAAACAUAAGCUGGCAAAUUUUUAUUUUACAAUUCUAGACAUGCCAACGCAAAUGUUAUCUUCUUUAGAAAAUACCAUUUUAUUGGCAUGUUUAAAAAGUGAGGAUAUGAAACUUUGCACAUCUAAUUCAGUAAUGCAAAUAAUUGUGGAUGAGUUUAUAGAGCUAUGGACAAAAGGCAUUCAAAUCACCCACAAUGGCGAGGAAAUUGAGUUAAAAGUAGCUCUGGCUCAAAUUUGUGGCGACAAUUUAGGGUUGCACUCUAUUUUAGGGUUUUCUGAGGGUUUCACGGCGAAUUUUCCAUGUCGUAAAUGUAAACUGCAUAGGACUGAGUGUCAGGUGGCAACUGGAGAAGAUUCCAUCAGAAUUCGGAAUAUUCAAAAUUAUAAUAUUGAUGUUAACAUGAAUAACUUCAGUCUCACAGGAAUUAAUUUUGCAACAGUUUUAAAUCAACUGCCCUAUUUUCAUGCAACGAAUAAUUUUGUAUUUGACAUAAUGCACGACAUUUUGGAGGGAGUAGGUCCGGAUUUAUUAUUAUGCACGUUGAAUAGUUUAAUCUCUCGAAAAAUAAUCAAAUUAGAAAAAUUAAACUACCGAAUUGAAUCAUUUAAUUAUGGUAGGUACUAUUCGAAAAGCCGGCCCUCAGAAAUCUAAGUUAAUUAUUUGAAAGGGGAGACACUAACUGGGCAGAAUGCAUCUCAGAGCUUGUGUCUUUUAUUGUUCUUACCGUUAAUUAUUGGAGAUUUGAUUCCUUAUUUAGAUAAGGUUUGGGAAUUUUAUCUUUCAUUCAUCGAAAUUUUAAAUAUAUUAUUGUCGCAUGAAAUAUCUGAAGGUGGGAGAGAGUAUUUAAAUUCUUUAAUUUCCGAAUUCCUUUCCCAAUAUCAAAUAGUUUUUGGUCGUAAAUUAAAACCCAAGCACCAUCAUUUAACACAUUAUGCCUCCGCAAUUCAAGCUAUAGGGCCUUUGGGAAAUUUUUGGGCCAUGACUUUCGAGGCAAGGCACAAAUUUUUUAAAACAGCUGCUCAUGUAAUUUGCAAUUUUAAGAAUAUCCCAAGUCAUUAGCUUACAGGUUUCAGUUAGCAAGAUGUUUCAAUUUAAUUGAGAGCGAUAAUUAUUGUCCAAAUCGGUUCGAAUUUCUUAAAAGUGAAAGUGCAAAUGUUGAGGACCUGGAGCAUUGUGAAUUUAUACGGGAAAAGUUAGGUAUUAUACAAAACGCAGUAAUUGAUGUGACGACAAAAGUUAAAUUUAAUGGAGCAGAGUUUAGGCAGGGUUGUUUUUUAUUAAUUGAGCAAUGUUCACAAUUCCCUGUAUUUGGUUGUGUUGAAAUUAUAAUAUUGGAAAACGAGGACUGUAAUUUUUUAGUUGAAAUCUUUGAGUCGGAGUUUGUUCAACAUUACUCAUGUUUUAAAUUAAUCCAAACAAAAACAAGACAAAUUGUAAAUUUAAACGAUAUAAAUUAUUAUCAACCAGUUUACUCCUCAAAAUCGUUUGCAAAUAACGACCCAAAGAAUUAUAUUGUAUUCCCAUUAAAAUCUGUCUAACAUAUUUUCUAUUUUCCGGAUUAUGUAAUCAUUUUUAUAUUUACAAGAAUUAUGUUUCAUUGUACCAUAUUCUAUAAAUAAUUAAGCAGAGAGAAGAAAGAUCAGAUUCCGAAUUCAGUUUUUCGAUGUUGUCGGAGCGUGAAAUGAAAGAUCGUGGACUAAAUAUUAAUCCAUCUCUGCUGAAAAAUCAGAAACAAGUAACACCAUGCCGCAACCCAGUUAGUACUCUAAGGAAUUCAGCAUUGUUGAAAGAAAUUGGCAGUCCACCAGCACCAGUUGCAGAAUCGCAACUAACACCGCGUAGCCCAGCGACACUUGAGACCAUUCCCAAAAAUCACAACCCUACGGGCGAAGAUAUUUCGCUUGCUACUCAAUCUGAGAACUAUGUUAUGAUCGAUCCACCCUCUGAAACAUUAGGACGAACCCUCGCUCUUCAACAGGCGGACGGAACCUUCAAUCGUCUAU